CAGGGGGCGGGGCCGGGCCGCACCACUCGCGGCCGCGGGGGAGUGCAGGAGUGUAAGCGAGGCGGGCGGUCACCAGAUGUAUUGGCAUGCGAGAUCACUAAGCCUUCUGGGAGAAACAUGGAAGACAACUAAGGGACUAAUAGGUCCCAAGGCCUUGGGAUGAAGCCUACAAGAGUGAAGAUGGGGAAAUGGGGCCUCUACACCCUGGGGAGACAUGGUGUGUCACGGUGAGCACAGUACUCAGCCCAGGGUCAGAAAGGAUCAAGUGCCUGGUUGGUAUUCUGCUCUAUCAUCCUCCUCUUGGUGGAGAAAGGACCCCGGGAGCAGCAUCCAGAGUCCACGGCCUGGAGGCCGGGCAUCACCACCCUGGGUGCAGGCCUCCUUCGCCCACAGGGCCAUGGGAUAAGCCCACCGUGGAGGAGGCCGUGGACUCUGGGCCCAGGACGGUCAGCAGGAGGUAUCUGAGCUCCCUGAAGAACAAGCUGUCCAGCAGGGACUGGAGGAAAUCUUGCCAGGCUAGGACCUGCCCCGGCCCAGGGACACAGGAGCCUGAGGAGAAGAGGAUCGUCCAGGAGCUGCUGGAGACAGAGCAGGCCUAUGUGGCACGCCUCCACCUGCUAGACCAGGUGUUCUUCCAGGAGCUGCUGAAGGAGGCCCGCAGCAGCAAGGCCUUCCCCGAAGAUGUGGUCAGGCUCAUCUUCUCUAACACCUCCUCCAUCUACCAGUUCCACGCUCAAUUCUUCCUCCCAGAGCUGCAGCGGCGGCUGGACGACUGGACGACCACCCCCCGCAUUGGCGACGUGAUCCAGAAGCUGGCCCCCUUCCUGAAGAUGUACAGUGAGUAUGUCAAGAACUUUGAGCGAGCCGCCGAGCUGCUGGCCACCUGGACUGACAAAUCUCCACCCUUCCAGGAGGUUAUCACCCGCAUUCAGAGCAGCGAGGCCUCGGGCAGCCUGACCCUGCAGCACCACAUGCUGGAACCUGUGCAGAGAAUCCCACGCUAUGAGCUGCUGCUCAAGGAGUAUGUCCAGAAGCUGCCAGCCCAGGCCCCAGACCUGGCUGAUGCCCAGAAAGCCCUUGACAUGAUCUUCUCAGCCGCUCAGCACUCCAACGCAGCCAUCACUGAGAUGGAGCGGCUGCAGGAACUGUGGGAAGUGUACCAGCGCCUGGGCCUGGAGGACGACAUAGUAGACCCCUCCAACACCCUCCUGCGCGAGGGCCCUGUCCUCAAGAUCUCCUUCCGCCGCAUCGGCCCCAUGGAGCGCUACCUUUUCUUGUUCAACAACAUGCUGCUGUACUGUAUGCCCAGGGUCAUCCAGGUGGGCGCCCAAUUCCAGGUCAGGACCCGUAUCGACGUGGCCAGCAUGAAGGUGCGGGAGCUGACUGACGCCGAGUUCCCCCACUCCUUCCUGGUGUCCGGGAAGCAGCGCACCCUGGAGCUGCGGGCCCGGUCCCAGGAGGAAAUGAUCUCCUGGUUGCAGGCAUGCCAAGCCGCCAUUGACCAAAUCGAGAAGCGGAAUGAAACCUUCAAAGCUGCGGUCCAGAGCCCUGAGGGAGACACUCAGGAGCAGGAGCUGCAGUCCGAGGAGCUGGGCCUCCGGGCACCACAGUGGGUCCGUGACAAGAUGGUGACCAUGUGUAUGCGCUGCCAGGAGCCCUUCAACGCCCUGAUGCGCCGCCGCCACCACUGCCGGGCCUGCGGCUAUGUGGUGUGUGCCAGGUGCUCCGACUACCGGGCUGAGCUCAAAUACGAUGACAACAGGCCCAACCGAGUCUGCUUAGACUGCUACACGUUCCUCACCGGAAACGUGCUUCCCGAGGACAAGGAGGACAAGAGGCGCGGCAUCCUGGAGAAAGGAGCUGCAGCGGGGUCCGAGCAGAGCCUAAUGUGCAGCUUCCUACAGCUCCUCGGGGACAAGUGGGGCAAGAGCGGGUCCCGGGGCUGGUGCGUGAUCCCCCGGGAUGACCCCCUCGUGCUCUAUGUCUACGCUGCCCCUCAGGACAUGCGGGCCCACACCUCCAUCCCCCUGCUGGGAUACCAGGUGACCACUGGGCCCCAGGCGGACCCCCGGGUCUUCCAGCUGCAACAGUCAGGCCAGCUCUACACCUUCAAGGCCGAAACCGAGGAGCUGAAGGACCGCUGGGUGAAGGCCAUGGAGCGGGCGGCCAGCGGCUGGAGCCCCGGGGAGCCCAACGACAGGGACCUGUCUGACUGAGCCACAGCCGGCCCCCUUCCCCCUCAGAGCCCUGCUCCUGCCACGCACGCACGGGCUGACACUUCAGCUGACCCACCACCCCAAGCUGAGCUUUCAAAGAAUCGAUUUCCAGUCGUCUGUGUUCAGACCGUGUGUCCUGAUUUGAGAUUCAGAAAACAUGGGUUCAUUCCUUUGGGGAGGGGAUGACGAAGCAUUCCAGUUUGCCCAGGGCCGAGGGGGUUCCUGGAACAUGGGACUUUCAGUGCUAAAACGAGGAAAGUCCCUGGUAACCCAGGACUGUUGGUCACCAAUGUGGUUCACAGCCUGGCUGCACAUAUGUAUCACCUGGGAAGCUUUAAA